AUGGGUUACACCCUCUGCGUAUUGGGAUGCGGCACCAUGGGCAUCGCCGUCCUUUCUGGCGUGAUCGACAGUCUCGACAGCACAUCGCGACUCUUCACCAAACCAUCCAAAUGGGAGUCUCACACUCCAGGAACGCUGACUCCCGUAGGGCCCCCAGAUGCAUCCGUUCCAGCCGAGUACAUCGCCUGCGUGAGCCGUGAGGCCAGCGCACUCAGGCUGCGGAAAGUAUUCGACUCCCUUGGAGCCAUGGGCGAAGCCGUCCAGAUACUCGCUUCUCGAAACGUAGAAGCCGUGCAACAAUCAGACGUGGUCCUUCUCUGCUGCAAACCCCAGAUCGCACAUACAAUCCUCAAUGAGCAAGGAAUGAAGGAGGCACUGGACGGCAAACUCUUGAUCAGCAUUCUAGCCGGUGUAACGAUGCGCCAAAUCACAGAUUGGGUCCUUCCAUCUACAAGAGUCGUACGCGCAAUGCCCAACACCCCAUGCAAGAUCAGAGAAGGCAUGACUGUUGUAUCAAAUCUUCCUCCCUCUGCAGACGAAGAAUCGGAUAGAGCUAUUAUUCUUAAAAUCUUCUCAUCAAUUGGUCGAUGCCGCUUCCUUGAGGAAAAGCAUUUCGAUGCGUGUACCGCACUUUCUGGCUCUGGUCCUGCUUUUGCCUGCAUAUUCAUGGAAGCCAUGGCUGACGGAGGGGUCAUGAUGGGUCUUCCACGAGCGGAGGCUCUCGAAUUGGCCGCGCAAACCUUACAAGGCGCGGCUCGCAUGGUGCUUCAAGGUGGUGCCCACCCAGCUCAGAUUAAGGAUUCGGUAACGACUCCGGGAGGCUGUACUAUUGCUGGGUUGUUGGCGUUGGAAGAUGGGCGUGUACGAUCUACCAUUGCAAGAGGAAUACAGAUCGCAACCGAGCGUGCCAGUGAAUUAGGGCAGCCACCGAAAAAGUAAAAUAAAAAUAGUAGAUUUAGGACACACGUAA